AUGGUCCAUUGCAUUUUCCAGAUUGCAGUUGCUACUAUCUUUCACAACCUCGCCUACCUCUCCUAUAUGCUGCAUCAAUCUUCUACUUCCGCAAUCCAGGUGCUAGCGCGCACUAUGCCCCGAGCCCACCUCCUGCCAGUCCUCUGUCUUCGAGUCUGUCUCGGGCAACUUUUCGCAGCCACUCAAAGCCCAGUCGGUUCGGAUUCCUCUGUAACAUAUGUGACAAGAGUUCAUCCAGAAGCUGCGUUUAGACUUCUUGUCAGUCUAGGAACUGCACUUUCCAUGCUAAAUGAUCAGGUUGCUGCUGAUACAUCUGCCCAGUCGAUUAAGCAGAUUCAGAAAGCUCAUGUGGCCCGUCUUCUGGCCUGUGCUUAUUCUGCAAUCGUGUCGACCCUGAAUGGCUCCUCUUCUGAUAGUAACAAAAAUUUAGAUACUGAAUCCACUGAACAAGAAGCGGAACAUUUCGAAAAGGCUCGUGGAAUCAUUGAGAUAUGGGCCAAAUCA